UGGUAGCGCAGGGAGAAGAGCCAGAGGAGGAGAAGCAGGACCGUGUUAGAUCUAAGGGGUCCUGCACAUCCCCCCCUCUCACAUUCACUGGGGAUAAGGUGUGAGGGGUUUAAGAGAAACAACACACACAGAGGCUGAGAUAGAUCGAAGACAUCGUUCAAGAUGGGCAACCGGGGUAUGGAGGAGCUGAUUCCUCUGGUUAACCGACUCCAAGAUGCAUUCUCUGCCAUCGGUCAGAACGCUAAUCUGGACCUGCCCCAGAUCGCUGUAGUUGGGGGUCAAAGCGCUGGAAAAAGCUCUGUCCUGGAGAAUUUUGUUGGCAAAGAUUUCCUCCCCCGAGGAUCUGGAAUUGUCACCAGGAGACCACUUGUUUUGCAGCUGGUAAAUAGCUCCACAGAAUUUGGGGAGUUCUUACACUGCAAAGGGAAGAAGUUUACUGACUUUGAUGAGAUCCGUAUGGAAAUUGAGGGAGAAACUGACCGGGUGACUGGAAAUAACAAGGGUAUCUCCCCUGUGCCAAUCAACCUUCGGGUUUAUUCUCCAAAUGUGCUUAACCUGACUCUCGUUGACCUUCCGGGAAUGACAAAAGUCCCAGUGGGUGACCAACCGGCAGACAUUGAGUCCCAAAUCCGAGAAAUGCUCAUGCAGUUUGUCACGAAGGAGAAUUGUCUCAUUCUGGCAGUGUCUCCGGCAAACUCUGAUUUGGCAAAUUCCGACGCCUUGAAAAUUGCCAAAGAGGUGGAUCCCCAGGGACAACGCACAAUUGGUGUCAUAACAAAGCUGGACUUGAUGGAUGAAGGUACCGAUGCCAGGGAUAUCCUCGAGAACAAAUUACUGCCCCUCCGGAGAGGUUAUGUCGGAGUGGUUAAUCGGAGCCAGAAGGAUAUUGAUGGAAAGAAAGACAUUCAAGCAGCUUUGGCAGCUGAAAGGAAGUUCUUCCUAUCUCAUCCAUCCUAUCGACAUCUGGCUGAUCGCAUGGGUACGCCCUACCUGCAAAAAGUUCUCAAUCAGCAACUGACCAAUCAUAUCAGAGACACGCUGCCAGGAUUGCGCAACAAACUGCAAAGCCAGCUGCUGUCCAUUGAGAAAGAAGUUGAGGAGUAUAAGCAUUUCCGUCCCGAUGAUCCGGCUCGUAAAACUAAAGCUUUGCUCCAGAUGGUUCAGCAGUUUGCAGUUGACUUUGAGAAACGGAUUGAGGGUUCUGGUGACCAAAUUGAUACUUAUGAGCUGUCCGGUGGAGCCAAAAUCAACAGAAUCUUUCAUGAGCGUUUUCCAUUUGAAUUAGUUAAGAUGGAGUUCGAUGAAAAGGAGCUAAGAAGAGAGAUCAGCUACGCCAUUAAGAACAUCCAUGGCAUCAGAACUGGGCUCUUCACACCUGACAUGGCCUUCGAAACCAUUGUGAAGAAGCAAGUAAAGAAGACCAAAGAGCCGUGCUUGAAAUGCGUCGACAUGGUCAUUUCCGAGUUAAUCGGUACCGUUAGACAGUGCACCAAGAAGCUCAGCCAGUAUCCUCACCUACGUGAAGAGAUGGAAAGGAUCGUAACCACUCACAUCCGUGAGAGAGAGGGACGAACAAAGGACCAGGUAAUGCUGCUGAUAGAUAUCGAAUUGGCCUAUAUGAAUACAAACCAUGAGGAUUUCAUCGGCUUUGCCAACGCCCAGCAGCGAAGUAGCCAAAUGAGCAAAAAGAAGGCCUCCGGAAACCAGGAUGAAAUCCUGGUCAUCCGCAAGGGUUGGCUGACCAUCAACAACAUUGGGAUUAUGAAAGGAGGCGCCAAGGAGUACUGGUUUGUCCUGACGGCCGAGAAUCUGUCCUGGUACAAGGAUGAUGAGGAGAAGGAGAAGAAAUACAUGCUGCCUGUGGACAACCUGAAGGUGAGAGAUAUUGAGAAGGGAUUCAUGUCCAGCAAACACAUCUUCGCCCUGUUCAAUACUGAGCAAAGAAAUGUGUACAAAGAUUACCGUCAGCUGGAGUUAGCUUGCGAGACCCAGGAAGAGGUGGACAGCUGGAAAGCCUCUUUCUUGAGAGCUGGUGUUUACCCGGAAAGAGUUGUGUCCAGUGAAUCGGAAGAGAAUGGUUCCGACAGCUUCAUGCAUUCCAUGGACCCUCAACUGGAGAGGCAGGUGGAGACCAUCCGCAACCUGGUGGAUUCCUAUAUGAGCAUCGUCAACAAGACCGUUCGUGACCUGAUGCCCAAAACCAUCAUGCAUCUUAUGAUAAACAAUACCAAGGAGUUCAUCCACUCCGAGCUCCUGGCAAACCUUUACUCAUGCGGAGACCAGAACACGCUCAUGGAGGAAUCGCCGGAACAGGCUCAACAUAGGGAUGAGAUGUUACGCAUGUAUCAUGCCCUGAAGGAGGCGCUUAAUAUUAUUGGGGACAUCAAUACCACUACUAUCAGCACCCCCAUGCCCCCCCCUGUGGAUGACUCCUGGCUACAGGUGCAGAACAUGUCAGCAGGGCGCAGUAGGUCUCCCACAUCCAGCCCCACUCCUCAGAGGAGAGCUCCUGCCGUGCCCCCAUCUAGGCCUGGUUCCAGAGGACCUGCCCCAGGACCCCCUCCUGCUGGUAAUACUCUGGGGAGUGCUCCUCCUGUGCCCUCCAGACCUGGAGCUUCACCUGAUCCAUUUGGGCCACCUCCCCAGAUCCCAUCCAGGCCAAACCGUGCCCCCCCUGGCGUUCCUAGAAUAACUAUCAGUGACCCUUGAGGAGCACUCGUCAUGCAGGAAGGCUCCCGCCUCGCCUACACGACCCACCAUAAUCCGACCUGCCGACCCGUCCCUCUUAGAUUAAUUAUUGGAGGCCUGGCUGCUGAACAAAGCUCCCCCCCCACUACCUCUACCCCCCCCAAACCUCAUUAUACAUCGUACAGGCAUGGUGCAAGCUUCCCUGCUUCAUCACCUUGGCUCGGUGUGACCUCUGUGUAUAUCGUCCUGUACGGAAAUGUUCCUUUUUUUCUAGGCUUUCAAUCAUAUCGUGAUGUGAACUAUUAUUAUAAUUUUUUUUGUAAGUAGCCGAGGAGGCACGAGGCACCUGCUUUGGCACUCAACCGGUCGGACCACCAAAACGUCCACUCUUCUCAUUCCCACACUGCAUAUAUCAUUCCGCGCGCUCGCAAAGCAUAUCAGACUCAUUGUGUUUCAUUCUGUAACGUGGUAGGAAUCUUACAUAUUAAGAACAUGUAGGUCUUAUCCUAUAUCACCUCCAAGUUGUGCUAUCUUGACGUGUCCCCUACCAGAGUUUCUAGUCUUUAGUAUGUGUAACGUUCCCUAAAAUCCUUUUUA